UCUUUGGUCUUCCUUACUCAUUGUCCAGCUUUUCCCAUGCAUAUGAGGUGAUUGAAAACACUGUUUCAUUAGAAGUAACAAAAUUGUGAUAUUCUAAUUUUAUCUUUUGUUUUUGUUUUUAUUAGCCAGACUUCUUGUAUAAAAGAAAAAUAGUCCCUCAUUAAUCCUUUGAUUACCCUGCAGUAUAAUUCAUAUAAACCCAUUGCUGUUGAGUCGAUUCUGAUUCAUAGCAACCCUAUAGGACAAGAGUAGACCUGCUCCAUGGAGCUUCCAAGGAGCACUUGAUGGGUUCGAACUGCUGACCUUUUGGUUAGCAGCCAUAUCUCUUAACCUAGGAAAUGCAAAAUAGAAGCUUGAUUCUUUCUAGAGGGAAACUUUCUUAGUAAACCUACAGUGAACGUAAUAGUUAAUGGAGAACCUUUUGAUGUGUUUACUUUAAUCUGGAGCAUGGCAAAAAUGUCCACUAUUACUGCUGCUGUAUUGCAUAUUGUUGAAGUUCAGUGCCAACACUAUAAGGAAAAGAAAUAAAAGAUGUAAAGAUUGGAAGGGAAAAGAUAAAAUUGUCAUUCUAUACAGACUAUACAUUCAUUUACCUCUAGGUGGGGAAGAGAAUCAAUGAACUAUUAGAGCUACCUUUACUUCAUUAAGAGUACUAAAAAUCAGUAGUUUUCUUUUUUUUAAUCAAACUUAACCAACUAGAAAAUGAGAUUUUGUGUGUGUGUGUGUAUGUAAAAUUCAAGCAGCGAAACCUAGAAAGUACCUAGAUAUUAAUCUACAGGAAUACAUAUAACUCAUGAAGAAAAUUUUAGAACUUCAAUAAAGGACAUAGAAAAUUAUACUGGAUAUGAUAAUCUAUUCUUAUAAGGAUGUUAGUACUCUUGAAAAUUGGAUAUUUUUAAAGAGCACUGUGAACUUAUACUAAAUGAUGUGUGGAAGAAUAAAUAAGUGUUCGUGAAUAGCUUAGUGAACCUUUAAAAAAGGAGAGUAAAGGCAAACUGAUCCUACCACAUUUUAAGAUGUUCUGUAUGAGACUGGAAGAACAAGAUGGUACCUGGCAACCACUACUGACUGGUCUGACCAGAUUACAAUAGAUGGUCCCAGACAGAGUAGGAGAAAAAUGUAGAACAGAACUCAAAUUCUUAGAAAAGGCCAGACUGACUGGACCAGUUGAGACCAGAGAACUCCCUGAGACUGUUGCCCUGAGAUUCUGUAAACCUUGAACCAAAACUUUCCCCUGAGAUCAUCUUUUAGCAAAACAACAGAAUGGCACAUAAAAUAAAGAAUGUUACUUGUACGUAUGGCGCUGUACUAAAAAACCAUCUAUAUGAAAUCAAAAGGUCAACAUUUAAACUAAAGCAAAGAUGAAAAGUUAAGGGGGCAGGGAAACCUAGAGUACUAGAAACAGGACAACAGAACACAAUUAAAGAGAAUGUUGACACAUUGUGAAAAAUGUAACUAAUCAUGACUGAACACCUCAUUUCCUGGAAUUAUAAAAAUUCUCCUAUUUAAGAUAUGAUCUGUAAAUGUAUCUAACUGGCAGUAUGAUGAAAGCCAGUGAAACAACAGAGGGCAGCGCUGUCAACUCAUCCACGUGUGGAACUCUCACUUUCCCCCUCAGGAUACCUCAUGGACCGUAUGUGUUAUGUGACCGUUGGACAUAUGGACCCAGUGAGGCCAUCCAUGUCAAUCUGUAUAUUGAAUGCUUAAAUUCCCAUUUAAAUUAAAAUUUAAACCUAUUUUUAAUUUAAAAUUUAAGAAUAAAUUUUCAAACAUAAUUUAAACAUUUAAGUUCUUCAUUGCUUUGAAGACCCUUGAUCUAAAAUACCUACUUGGAGGAAGUUAUUUGAAGUCUUGAGAUACAGCUUAAGCAGUUAUGCAGAUUUUGAAUCUAUUCCAUAUACAUGUGUAUGUUUUGAUGUAAAAUAUGAUUUCCCCAGAUUUUUGAGAAAAACUAUCAUUCUAUAAUUAAAAAAAAAAACAGUAUGCCAUGCCUUUAAAGACUCCCUAGCACAUGUCCAGUAGGAGAAGCACAGUCUUAAGCUGAUUUCAUUGAUCAAAGAUCUGAAAGAUCUUUGAGAAUGAUUAUUUCUUCUAUUAUAACAGUAAGAAACUUCACUAUUCUGGCCGUUCUAGGAUGGGUUCCAAUUUGAAGCUAUUCUGUUGUGAAAUAUACAGUUACUUUAUGAGACUCUGAUUUUUUUUAUUUUUCCUUUAACUUUACAGAGACUGUGCAGUUGAUCCAACUUGUGUUUUAUGCAUGGAGUGCUUUUUGGGAAGUGUUCACAGAGAUCAUCGAUAUAGGUCACAGGUUUCAAAAACCAGAUUUGCCUUUAAGUUGGGGAUACAGAUAAAGGCGGAUUACUCCUAAGUUCCUGUACUGGAAAUUGAAGACAGAGCCAUGAAGAUUUAGAGAUGACAACUUCAGGAGGUGGAGGUUUCUGUGACUGUGGUGAUACUGAAGCUUGGAAAGAGGGUCCUUACUGUCAAAAACAUGAACUUAACACCUCUGAAAUUAAGGAAGAGGAGGAUCCUCUUGUGCAUUUAUCAGAAGACAUGAUAGCAAGAACUUACAAUAUUUUUGCUAUUAUGUUUCGGUAUGCAGUAGAGAUAUUAACCUGGGAAAAAGAAGGUGAAUUGCCAGCAGAUUUAGAGAUGACAGACAAGAGUGACACCUACUAUUGUAUGCUGUUUAAUGAUGAGGUGCACACCUACGAACAAGUUAUUUAUACUCUUCAGAAAGCUGUUAACUGUACACAAAAAGAAGCCAUUGGCUUUGCAACUACAGUAGAUCGAGAUGGACGUAGAUCUGUUCGAUACGGAGACUUCCAGUAUUGUGAACAAGCAAAAUCAGUGAUUGUUAGAAAUACCAGUCGACAGACAAAGCCACUCAAAGUUCAAGUUAUGCAUUCGUCUAUUGUUGCACAUCAGAAUUUUGGUUUGAAGCUUUUGUCUUGGCUGGGAAAUAUUAUUGGAUAUUCAGAUGGCCUUCGCCGGAUUUUAUGCCAAGUUGGUUUACAAGAAGGGCCAGAUGGUGAAAACUAUUCUCUUGUGGAUAGAUUAAUGCUUAGCGAUUCCAAAUUGUGGAAAGGUGCUAGGAGUGUGUAUCAUCAAUUGUUCAUGAGCAGUCUGCUUAUGGAUUUGAAAUACAAGAAACUGUUUGCUAUUCGGUUUGCAAAAAACUAUGAGCGUUUGCAGUGUGAUUAUGUGACAGAUGACCACGACAGAGAGUUUUCAAUCGCAGACCUCUCGGUUCAGAUAUUCACGGUUCCUUCACUUGCUCGAAUGCUCAUCACAGAAGAAAACCUUAUGACCAUUAUCAUUAAGACUUUUAUGGAUCAUUUGAGACACCGAGAUGCCCAGGGCAGGUUUCAGUUUGAACGAUACACUGCUUUGCAAGCCUUCAAGUUUAGGAGAGUUCAGAGCCUUAUUUUAGAUCUCAAAUAUGUGUUAAUUAGCAAGCCAACUGAAUGGUCAGAUGAGCUGAGACAGAAGUUCCUAGAGGGGUUUGAUGCCUUUUUGGAAUUACUGAAAUGUAUGCAGGGAAUGGAUCCAAUUACACGUCAAGUAGGACAGCAUAUUGAAAUGGAACCCGAGUGGGAAGCAGCCUUUACACUGCAGAUGAAAUUAACACAUGUCAUUUCAAUGAUCCAGGACUGGUGUGCUUUAGAUGAAAAAGUACUAAUUGAAGCUUACAAGAAAUGCCUCGCUGUUUUGAUGCAGUGUCACAGUGGUUUUACUGAUGGUGAACAGCCAAUCACACUAAGCAUUUGUGGACAUUCAGUGGAAACUAUCAGAUACUGUGUUUCCCAAGAAAAAGUUAGCAUUCACCUCCCAGUUUCUCGCUUACUUGCAGGUUUGCAUGCAUUAUUAAGCAAAAGUGAAGUGGCAUAUAAAUUUCCAGAGCUCCUACCUCUAAGUGAACUUAGCCCACCCAUGUUGAUAGAACACCCUCUUAGAUGUCUUGUUUUAUGUGCCCAAGUACAUGCUGGAAUGUGGAGAAGAAAUGGGUUUUCUCUAGUAAACCAGAUUUAUUAUUACCAUAAUGUAAAAUGCAGACGGGAGAUGUUUGACAAGGAUAUAGUAAUGCUUCAGACAGGUGUCUCCAUGAUGGAUCCAAAUCAUUUCCUGAUGAUAAUGCUCAGCCGCUUUGAUCUUUAUCAGAUUUUCAGUACUCCAGACUACGGAAAAAGAUUUAGCUCCGAGAUUACCCAUAAGGAUGUCAUACAGCAGAACAAUACUCUAAUAGAAGAGAUGCUAUACCUCAUUAUAAUGCUUGUUGGAGAGAGAUUUAGUCCUGGAGUUGGAAUGGUAAAUUCUACAGAUGAAAUUAAGCGGGAGAUUAUCCAUCAAUUGAGCAUUAGACCUAUGGCUCAUAGUGAGUUGGUAAAGUCUUUACCUGAAGAUGAGAACAAAGAGACUGGCAUGGAGAGUGUAAUUGAAGCAGUUGCCCAUUUCAAGAAACCUGGAUUAACAGGACGAGGCAUGUAUGAGCUGAAACCAGAGUGCGCCAAAGAGUUCAACUUGUAUUUCUAUCACUUUUCAAGGGCAGAGCAGUCCAAGGCAGAAGAAGCUCAGCGGAAAUUGAAAAGACAAAAUAGGGAAGACACAGCACUUCCACCUCCAGUUUUACCUCCAUUCUGCCCUUUGUUUGCAAGUCUGGUUAACAUUUUGCAAUCAGAUGUCAUGUUGUGGAUCAUGGGAACAAUACUACAGUGGGCUGUAGAACAUAAUGGAUAUGCCUGGUCAGAGUCCAUGCUGCAGAGGGUGUUGCACUUAAUUGGAAUGGCCCUGCAAGAAGAAAAACAACAUUUAGAGACUGUCGGAGAAGAGCAUGUAGUAACGUUUACCUUCACUCAGAAGAUAUCAAAACCUGGUGAAGCACCAAACAAUUCUCCUAGCAUACUAGCUAUGCUGGAAACACUACAAAAUGCUCCCUACCUAGAAGUCCACAAAGACAUGAUUAGGUGGAUAUUGAAGACUUUUAACACCAUUAAGAAAUUAAGAGAGAAUUCAUCUACCAGUCCUGUGGCAGAGACAGAAGGAGCUAUAAUGGAAGAGAAUUCAAGAGACAAAGACAAAGCUGAGAGGAAGAGAAAAGCUGAGAUUGCCAGGCUACGCAGAGAAAAGAUCAUGGCCCAGAUGUCUGAGAUGCAGCGGCACUUUAUUGACGAGAACAGAGAACUCUUUCAGCAGACAUUAGACCUGGAUGCCUCUCCCUCUGCUGUUUUUGAUAAUAGCCCUGUGGCUUCAGAUAUGACACUUACAGCAUUGGGCCCAGCACAAACACGGGUCCCUGAACAGAGACAAUUUAUUACCUGUAUAUUGUGUCAAGAAGAGCAAGAGGUUAAGGUAGAAAGUAAGGCAAUGGUCUUGGCAGCAUUUAUUCAGAGAUCAACUGUAUUGUCAAAAAACAGAAGUAAAUUCAUUCAGGAUCCAGAAAAAUAUGAUCCAUUAUUCAUGCACCCCGAUCUGUCUUGCGGAACACACACUGGUAGCUGUGGGCACAUUAUGCAUGCUCAUUGUUGGCAAAGGUAUUUUGAUUCCGUUCAAGCUAAAGAACAGCGAAGGCAACAGAGAUUACGCUUACAUACAAGCUAUGAUGUAGAAAAUGGAGAAUUCCUUUGUCCCCUUUGUGAAUGCUUGAGUAAUACUGUUAUUCCUCUACUGCUUCCUCCAAGAAAUAUUUUUAACAGCAGGUUAAAUUUUUCAGAACAGCCAAAUCUGACUCAGUGGAUUAGAACAAUAUCUCAGCAAAUAAAAGCCUUACAGUUUCUUAGGAAAGAAGGUAGUACUCCUGAUACUGCCUCUUCAAAGAAUUCAGAAAAUAUGGAUAAAUUGCAGCUCCAUGAAGGAUUUAGGCCUGAUUUUCAUCCUAAGAACCCUUAUUCUGAGAGCAUAAAAGAAAUGCUAACAACAUUUGGAACUGCUACUUAUAAGGUGGGACUCAAGGUUCAUCCCAAUGAAGAGGAUCCCCGCGUGCCCAUAAUGUGUUGGGGUAGUUGUGCGUACACCAUCCAAAGCAUAGAAAGAAUUUUAAGUGAUGAAGAUAAACCAUUGUUUGGUCCUUUGCCUUGCAGAUUGGAUGACUGUCUUAGGUCACUAACAAGAUUUGCAGCAGCACAUUGGACAGUUGCAUCACUUUCAGUGGUGCAAGGACACUUUUGUAAACUUUUUGCAUCAUUGGUGCCUAAUGAGAACCAUGGAGAUCUUCCAUGCAUAUUAGAUAUUGACAUGUUUCAUUUAUUGGUGAGCUUGGUGCUUGCUUUCCCUGCGUUGCAGUGUCAGGAUUUUUCAGGGAUCAGCCUUGGCACUGGAGACCUUCACAUCUUCCAUCUGGUUACGAUGGCACACAUCGUCCAGAUUUUACUUACCUCGUGUACAGAAGAGAAUGGCAUGGAUCAAGAAAAUCCCACUGGUGACGAAGAAUUAGCAGUUCUUGAUUUGUAUAAAACACUUCGCCAGUAUACAGGAAGUGCCUUGAAAGAAAUACCCUCAGCCUGGCAUUUGUGGAGGAGUGUCAGAGCUGGAAUCAUGCCUUUCCUGAAGUGUUCUGCUUUGUUUUUUCAUUACUUAAAUGGAGUUCCUUCCCCAUCUGAAGUUCAAGUUAUUGGAACAAGCCAUUUUGAACAUUUAUGUAGCUAUCUUUCUCUACCGAAAAACCUCAUUUGCCUUUUUCAAGAAAAUAGUGAGAUAAUGAAUUCACUGAUUGAAAGUUGGUGUCAUAACAAUGAAGUUAAAAGAUAUCUAGAAGGUGAAAGAGAUGCUGUAAGCUAUCCAAGAGAAUCUAACAAAUUAAUAGACUUACCAGAGGAUUACAGCAGCCUCAUUAACCAAGCAUCUAAUUUCUCGUGCCCCAAAUCAGGUGGGGACAAGAGCAGAGCGCCCACGCUGUGCCUUGUGUGUGGAACCCUGCUGUGCUCCCAGAGCUACUGCUGUCAGACGGAGCUGGAAGGGGAAGACGUGGGAGCCUGCACAGCUCACACCUACUCCUGUGGCUCUGGGGUGGGCAUCUUCCUGAGAGUACGGGAAUGUCAGGUGCUGUUUUUAGCCGGGAAAACCAAAGGCUGUUUUUAUGCUCCUCCUUACCUUGAUGACUAUGGGGAGACCGACCAGGGACUCAGACGGGGCAAUCCUUUACACUUGUGCGCAGAGCGACUUAAGAAGAUUCAGAAGCUCUGGCAGCAGCACAGCGUCACGGAGGAAAUUGGACACGCACAGGAGGCAAAUCAGACACUGGUUGGCAUUGACUGGCAGCAUUUAUAAGUACUUCACUACCCAAAACAUGAACUUUGAUUUUUGUAACCCAGUUGGCUUUUGAAGAAAGAGAGUAGGAAAUAAGGUCUGCUGAAUUUGGAAAUAAAUUCUUUAUUUAA